UACAUAUCAUAGUAGUUAAAACUUAUAGAAUAUACUGAAGGCAAUUGAUAGAGAAAAAAAAAAGAAAAAAAAAACUUAAAUAACUGUGUCUGGAAUCCUUAUCGUUAUCGUUUCGAGGAAUAUCAGAAUUUAGGGAAAAACAUAAUUAACUGUAUAAUCUGUGAUAGCAAUGGUGAGAAAUAUAUUGAAUUUCUGCUGUCUUUCUGUCAUCAUCCUGUUGGCAUCACAUUAUUCCUGUUACCACAAGCUCCACAAACCUGACUAUCAAUUUAAUUUGGACCCUGCAGGAAAUGCAAUUGAAGGCUAUGUUGAUUCUGGAGUAAAAGAAGGAUCAAAGGUUUUGGUUAAACGUUUUGAAGGCCACCAGUUCUUAGAAGACGGAGAGGUUGUGAAAUACCUACAAGUAAAAGUUAGAACAGGAAUUGCUACAGGGGAUGAAGAAUACGUAGUAGAAUACACUAACGCAUUCAGGGUAGAUGAGAAGGGUUAUAUCAUAGUGAAUAACACUGAAACAUUCGACCACACACAGGCUAUUGAGUUUUAUGUUGUCAUGUUCAGACUUGGUGAUGUAGUUUCUAAUCCAGUACCGUUUAUUGUUAGUGUCCUUUAGACAUUAAAACCAUUCUUAAAUCAUAA